CCACCCAGAAAAAAGGACAAAGACGAGGAGGAGGAGGGGGGAGAAGCUCACGCGCCUCCCACCUCGCCGGCGCCGGCUCUCCUCCGCCCGCCGCCAUGAGCGCCCUCCAGGCCUCGCUCCUCCUCCGCCCCCUCCCCUCGCCGCUGCCCCCGCGCCGCCGGCUGCCCGCCCCCUCCUCCGCGUCAUUCGCGCGGGCGGGGCCGCACCACCGGCGCCUCCCGCUGCCGCUCCGCGCAUUGGCCUCGGAGGGACCGCAGCCGGCGCCCUCCCCGGUGCCCGAGCCGCCCCCCGAGCAGCCGGCCGCCCCGGAGGCGGAGGUCGUGGGGACGGGGACGUCUGCCCCCGAGGCCGCGAAGGAGGACGGGAAGGAGGAGGUGGAGGACCUCGUGGAGAAGGGUAAGGUUUGGGUGCUGGCGGUCGCGGCCACCGUGGUGGCCGCGGCGAGGAGGUUCUUCGACUGGGUGGUGUCCGGGGAUUGGAUGAGCUGGUGGCCGUUCUGGCGGCCCGACCGCGGCCUCCAGCGGCUGAUCGAUGAGGCGGACGCCAACCCCACGGAUGCCGCCAAGCAGAGCGCGCUGCUCCAAGAGCUCAACAAGUUCAGCCCAGAAGAUGUCAUCAAGAGGUUUGAGCAAAGAAGUCAUGCUGUGGACAGCAGAGGAGUUGCAGAAUACCUUCGGGCUCUUAUUCUCACCAAUGCCAUAGCCGAUUACCUUCCAGACGAACAGUCUGGGAGGUCUGCAAGUCUGCCAGCCCUGCUGCAAGAAUUGAAGCAACGUGUAUCUGGAAGCGAGGAAAAGCCUUUCAUGAAUCCUGGUAUAUCAGAAAAGCAACCAUUACAUGUAGUUAUGGUUGACCCUAAAGCUACAGGUAGAUCAACACGGUUUGCUCAAGAAAUCUUCUCAACUGUGUUGUUUACAAUUGCUGUUGGACUAAUGUGGGUAAUGGGUGCUGCUGCCCUUCAAAAGUAUAUUGGCAGCUUAGGUGGAAUAGGGGCAUCUGGUGUUGGUUCCAGCUCUUCAUAUUCUCCUAAGGAGUUGAACAAGGAUAUAAUGCCGGAGAAGAAUGUCAAGACAUUUAAAGAUGUCAAAGGGUGUGAUGAUGCAAAGAAAGAACUUGAGGAGGUAGUUGAGUAUCUAAAGAACCCUACAAAGUUUACCCGGCUUGGUGGAAAACUACCAAAGGGAAUACUUUUGACUGGUUCUCCUGGCACUGGGAAGACUCUGCUUGCUAAGGCUAUUGCUGGAGAAGCUGGUGUACCAUUCUUUUAUCGGGCAGGUUCUGAAUUUGAGGAAAUGUUCGUUGGUGUUGGUGCCCGGAGAGUAAGGUCAUUGUUUCAAGCUGCAAAGAAAAAGGCACCGUGCAUUGUUUUCAUUGACGAAAUAGAUGCCGUGGGUUCAACUAGAAAACAGUGGGAAGGACACACAAAAAAAACAUUGCAUCAACUUCUUGUCGAGAUGGAUGGUUUUGAACAAAAUGAGGGAAUAAUUGUGAUGGCUGCAACAAACUUGCCAGACAUUCUUGAUCCAGCACUUACAAGACCUGGUAGAUUUGAUAGGCAUAUUGUUGUCCCCAAUCCUGAUGUGCGGGGACGCCAAGAGAUUCUCGAGCUCUAUUUGCAAGAUAAGCCAGUGGCCAGUGAUGUGGAUGUGAAUGCGAUUGCCCGUAGUACUCCUGGCUUCAAUGGAGCUGACCUUGCAAAUCUAGUAAACAUUGCAGCAAUUAAGGCUGCAGUUGAAGGUGCUGACAAGUUGACUGCUGCACAGUUGGAGUUUGCUAAAGAUCGUAUUAUCAUGGGAACUGAGAGGAAAUCAAUGUUCAUAUCUGACGAAUCAAAAAAGCUUACGGCGUACCAUGAAAGUGGGCAUGCUAUUGUUGCACUUAACACCCAGGGUGCUCAUCCCAUUCACAAGGCUACUAUCCUACCUCGUGGUUCUGCCCUUGGAAUGGUCACACAGCUUCCCUCACAGGACGAGACUUCUAUUAGCAAGAAACAGCUGUUGGCACGUCUUGAUGUUUGCAUGGGCGGCAGGGUUGCAGAGGAGCUCAUCUUUGGGGAAGACAAUGUUACAACUGGUGCAAGAAAUGAUCUUCAUACUGCAACAGAGCUUGCUCAGUACAUGGUAUCAAACUGUGGGAUGAGCGAUGCUAUUGGUCCUGUGCAUGUGAAAGAACGGCCAAGUGUUGAGAUGCAAUCAAGGAUUGAUGCCGAGGUGGUCAAACUCCUAAGAGAAGCUUAUGGACGAGUCAAGCGUUUACUGAAGAAGCACGAGAAGCAAUUGCAUGCUUUAGCAAACGCUCUGCUGGAGCAUGAAACACUCACCGCAGAUGAGAUCAACAAAGUGGUUCAUCGCUACCAAGAAGAGCCCCAGCUUUCUUUUCAGGAAGAGGAUUUUGCGUUAACUUAAAAGGAGUAGUUUUUUUGCAUCGAGGUGGUAGACCCAGCUGUAAAUCUAUGUACAGUAGUAAUUGGCUCCUAGCUAGCACAAAGCCUCGUUUUCAGUUCUCCUAUCUUGCAAAUUAAGGUGCAUGGAGUUUUGCACCAUGCAAACGGACAGGAAUUUAAAAGAUGAGAAGACCGGUUUUGCAAGGUGUGUUGCACACACAACGAUAAUUAGUGUGGCGAGGCUCACUAUGGUGCCCAUCUUUGCCCAGCCGCAAUGCUCUGGGUUGAGAAGUCGUUCAUACUCAGUUUAGUUAGGGAAAAAAAAGGUGAAGUGUAUAAUUUAUUGGGACUUGUAGCAUUGCAUGUUUGGAGUGGUAGGAUUGUGAUUAGUGAUAUAUAUUUUUUUCAACCACA